AUGCAGCAGGUGCUUGACCUUCCUCUUGUGCUGACUCCCGAGCUAUGCCAGGGACGAGUCUACAUUGUGGUAGGCGCCAACGUCGGCCUGGGCUACGAGGCCGCUAAGCACGUUGUCUCUCUCGGCUCAGACAAGGUGAUCAUGGCUUGUCGCAAUGUGGCCGCUGGUCAGUCCGCUCUGGCGACCAUCGAAGCGGAGACCGGCAAAGCUGGCAUUGCUGAGGUGUGGGAGCUGGACCUGUCCUCUUACACAUCUGUAAAGGCCUUUGCGAGCCGAGCGAUCUCUUCACUAUCACGCAUUGACGCAGUGAUCGAGAACGCUGCCGUGGCGGCGGGUUCAGACAUGCGGGCUGAGGGACACCCACUUUCCGUGACUGUGAAUGUGACGGGCACCCUCCUGCUCGCUGUGUUGCUGCUCCCGAAGCUGAUGGCGGACGCGGCACGACUCGAAAUCCAGCCGCACAUUGCCAUCGUCACCAGCGGCGCUGGGUUCAGCGCUAAGGAGCAGUGGCUGACAGUCGCGGAUGAUCCGAUUGCCAAAAUGGACAACCUUGAGUCUCAAGUGGAGUUCUUAUACUCCGGGUCCAAACUGUUUGAAGUCUUUGCAGUCCGACACUUCGCACCAUUGGUCCCCGUCUCCAAAACUGGCGUCGUCAUCAACCUGAUCAACCCAGGCUUGUGCAAGACAGAACUGUCCCGGAACGCACCUCCGGAAUUUCGCGCCAAGCUCUCGCAGAUGCACGCCGAGUGUGGGCGCACUGCUGAGCAAGGAAGCCGUACGCUGCUGCACGGUGCUAUUGCCGGUGCGGCGAGUCAUGGGUGCUAUCUCGAUGACUGCGAAAUUAGAGAGUUCAAGGUACCUGACUGGGUGGAUGAUGAGGAAGGGAAGAAGAUGCAGAAGUGGGCUUGGGAGGCUGUUGCUCGUGAACUUGAGUCUGUUGAGCCUGGAUGCGUGGCUAGAAUCUUGGAAUAA